AUGAGUCAUGCGCCAUCGCCUUUCGUUGGUUUGCUGGAUGUAAGACCUUUCCAGCCCUCUGAACCUGGCCUGUCCAGGGACCCAGUUCCGCAGCAUGACAUACGGAAAUACGAAGAUGCAGCUCGACAUGAAGCAAAGGAUGCUCAAGAAGGUCGCAGCGCGUCGGCUGCCUUCCAGUCUCUUUUGGAUCAAAUCUCACAACAACACCGAGCAGAAAUCCUGGACCUAGAGAAGCAGAUAAGCAGUUUGCAAGGGAUGCUGGUCCAGCUGAACACAGGUACCACUGAGAAACUUGAAGAGCCGCUCAUGGUAUCUGAUGAUGCUUGGCAGACGACUGUUCAAAUGAAGAGUGAGGGAGUGCACUGCAAAAGGUUGCGGAAACAGCACCAAGGCAAACGAGAGAUGCAUGCUUCUCAACUGCUGGAUGCCCUGAACGAAAGGAUGGAGAGUGACAGUGCAGAUGGCUCUUUUCAAGCUGAUCCCUUGAACCCUGACACCAUGUCUGACAACAGCGCAAAUGAUGCGCAGACUCCGUCCGAUAGAUGGAAAAUGUGGCUGCAGUCAACGGCCUUCGAAGUCAUCAUAGCUGCGACACUUUGUUUGAAUGUUAUGUGGAUGGCGGUCGAGCUGCAAAUCUACGGGUCCAUGGUCGGUCAUGCUUUGGGGAUUGUUGCCAACCCCUUGGUGCAGGAGAAUCGCAGAGCCUCAGUGGACAAGGUCUUCAUGCUGGGCGAUAUCCUUUUUACCUCCUUUUUUGCACUGGAAGUUGGCUUGCGCAUUUACGUGUUCAGGCUUGACUUUUGGAAGGUGUGGAGCAACUACAUAGACGCAGCAGUGAGUGUGGCUUCGGCUGUACAAGUUGCUUUAUUCUAUAUGGAGACGUUGCCAGUCAACUUAGCCUUGUUGCGCCUGUUGCGGAUUGGAAAGCUGGCGCGUCCUAUUCGCAUGAUAACUAUGUCAAGCGUAAUGGCGUCCCUGCAGUUGUUAAUCAAAUGUGUCGCAGGCAGCGUGAACAUGUUGUUCUGGAGCAUGUGCCUACUCUUCUUCUUGCAAUGUGUCGCCGGGAUGAUUGUGAGCACGAUAUGUCGGGACUACAUUGCGAGCCCAGCGCAUUCCCCUGAGCUUCGACAGGAGGUCUUUCUGUACUUUGGCACUUUCUCAAGGACUAUGCUGACAAUGUUUGAAGUAUUAUUUGCAAAUUGGGGGCCACCAUGUAGGGUACUUGUCGAAGACGUCAGCGAGUGGUUUUCGGUGUUCUUUCUUCUGUACCGCUGCGUAUUUUGUUUCUCUAUCCUGAAUGUGGUAAAUGCUGUUUUUGUGCAGCAGACAUUGAAGACUGCGAACUCUGACGAAGAAAUCGCUUUCAAGCAGAAAGAACGGGAGUUGGCCAUUUAUGGCAGACGCGUCAAGACUCUUUUUCAGACGGUGGACGAGUCGGGCGAUGGGUCCAUAAGCUAUGAUGAGUUUUCCAAGUUGGUCCAAUCUCCGAAGCUGAAGUUUUGGAUGAGCCAACUGGAGCUGGAGUACCAUGAUUUGCUGUCGCUCUUCGAAUUCCUGGAUAACGGCGACGGCAAAAUCACUCUCACAGAGUUUAUUGAGGGCGCACAACGUCUGAAAGGCAAUGCCAAGGCCUUAGAUAUCUGGCGCAUAGAGACCAAGCUCGAAGUCCUCGUCCAGGAGGUCCUGCAUGCAUUAUCGGGUGAGCAAUUCGCCUCGGUGCAGAAUGUCUUUGACAAUUCAUCGUUUAAGCGAAUUCAGACGACGAGAGUGAGCCCUGUCAUCGCGCACCCCGAGCGUCCAGGAGCUGAGACCAGAAACGACGGCCACUUCGCACUUGGCUUCCCUUCUGAGCCGCCAAGCGUCUGGUCUUCGGCCGCCAUGCCGUCGCAGACGCUAGACCUUGCAGCAGCCAGUGGCUACAUCAAGAAGGUCCUCCGCAGUGUGGCCAAGCAUCCGGCGGUGGCGCUGCUGAUCCUGCGGGUUAUCGAGGUCCUCGUGACUUUGUGGGGAAGGUGGCGACGCCACGUCCAAUCCAGGCGGCAAGUUCUUUGCCCUGCCAACGAGCUGGAACUGGACCUGGUCCAAGGCUGCUUGCUCACUGCAGAGAACUUGCUGAACCUGGGCCGGGUCGAGAAGAGGACGCUCUUCCAGGUGUCAGCCAGCAAGCUUCUGAACCGGAAUGAGCAUUUGGUCUCAGUCUUGAAAGAUGCUGCACAGCGCUGCCACGAGCAGAGUCACAAUUGCCUGGUGGCAAGGUGGUUGCCGCCAGAUGAACGCUACCACAUCCUUCAAGCCUCCAUUAACGCCAUGAGCUCGUUGCUCGGCCCCAACUACGUACACCAGAACGCCUUAGGCGACACGGACCUUUUCAAAUCAACCUGGUAUUGUGUCACAAUCAUGACACCAACCCGAGCUGAGAACCAUCUGCCAGAUGAGCAAAAGGUGUCGGCCACCACGCAAAGCCUUGAGACGUGCACCUUCACGGACAUGACACGCACGCCACGACCGACUCUUAGAAUCUGUCUCGUGCACGAGUCGGAGCUGAGAGGGAUAUCAGAUGGAAAGCUCCAACCACCAUCCUGGGGGUUCUUCAACAGCCGUCACGCCGAAAGGUAUCGGAUGCUUUGCGACUUCAGCAGAAACUUCCAGCAACAGUUAGUUCGCACGCCGGCGGACUCCAAGAGCCUCAGCUCGCGAAGUCCCUUCACCAGCGAGAGAGCUCACAAGGCGGCGACCCCGGCCUUCAAGCCGGACGGAGGGAUGAUGAAGCGAAUCGUCUCCCAACCGAACUUGCAACUCCUUCAGAAGGGCGUGCCACAGAUGUCCAUCGGAAUGGGGCGCAUGGGCCGCGACGGUGGGGAGGCCGAGCAUGUAAAAGUCGCGGCUGCCACGGCGGAUGAGGCAGAUCGAAGCAAGGGCGCCUGUGACGAUAAUUGUUUUUUGAGACUCCACGUGCCGCACUAUGUCGGGCCGACGGCCGGUUUUCAAAAGCACAUCAUCCACAACACAGGCGACAAUGGAAGCCAGAACAAGUUCAACAUCAACCUGGCAGAUGGCAACUCGGGAGGUCCGCCUCUGUCACCUGGGUCGCGGAACGGAAGCCCUUGGGCCUCCAGGGCGCAGCUCAUCCCUCCUUAA